CCGCACACGCUCGCCGGCCGCCGCUUCGUCCCCAAACCUUUGGCGGGAGACGAGCAGCACGCCGCCACCACUUCCCGCGCAAAGCAGCACAUCGAAGCGAGCCAUGGACGGCGGGUCCUCCUCGCCGGCGAGCCCCCCACCGACGGCGGGUCCCUCCGCGGCGGAGAUGGAGGAGUACCAGAACUGGAAGAAGAACGCCGCGGUGCUCUACGACCUCGUCAUCUCCCACCCGCUCGAGUGGCCGUCGCUCACCGUGCAGUGGCUCCCCUCCGAGUCAUCGACCCGCAGCCACCGGCUCGUCGUGGGCACUCACACCUCCGACGAGGCCCCCAAUAACCUCAUGGUCUUGGACGCGGUGCUCCCGCUCCCGCCUCGCCUCGCAGCGGCCGUCGCUGCCUCAGGCGGCGCCCUCCCGGCCCCGUCCGUGUCCGUCUCCCGCGUGGCGCCGCAUCGGGGCGAGGUCAACCGCGCGCGCUACAUGCCGCAGCGGCCCUUUACGGUGGCCACCAAAACGUGCAUGGACGAGGUGCACGUGUACCAUCUCGGCGACGGCGACGGCAGCGGGAAAAGCGGCGCCGAUGCUGUGCUAAGGGGGCAUGAUGCGGAGGGUUAUGGUUUGGCGUGGAGCCCGAUGAAGGAGGGGUGGCUGCUGAGCGGCUCGUAUGAUAAGAAGAUUUGCCUGUGGGAUCUUGCCUCUGGGAAUGGAGCUCCUGUUCUGGAUGCACAACAGGUGUUUGAGGCUCAUGAGGAUCUUGUUGAAGAUGUUGCUUGGCACCUUAAAGAUGAAAAUAUAUUUGGAUCUGUUGGGGAUGACUGCAAGUUGAUGAUGUGGGACCUGCGUACAAACAAACCAGAACAAUAUAUUGCUGCACACGAAAAGGAGGUCAACUCUCUGUCAUUCAAUCCAUUUAAUGAAUGGAUCUUGGCUACAGCAUCUGGAGAUGCGACUGUUAAACUAUUUGACAUGCGAAAAUUAUCAAGAAGCUUGCACACUUUCGACAGCCAUGAGGGGGAGGUGUUUCAGGUUGAAUGGAAUCCAAAUUUGGCUACUGUAUUAGCUUCAUCUGCUGCAGACAAAAGAGUGAUGAUAUGGGAUGUCAACAGGAUUGGGGAUGAGCAGUCAGAGGAGGAUGCAGACGACGGACCACCGGAGCUGCUGUUCGUCCACGGAGGCCACACAGCAAAGAUAUCGGAGCUGUCAUGGAACCCCAGCGAGAAAUGGGUCGUUGCCAGCGUGGCUGAAGAUAACGUCCUGCAGAUCUGGGAGAUGGCAGAGAGCAUCUACUGUGAUGACUACUCUCUGCAGGAUAACUGACUGCCUCAGCAGGCCCUCACCACAUAAGAUGAGUUGCCUUGCCUGUCCAAUGGUAGCGAGUUUAUCCGAUGGAUUGUGUGCUGUUAACGUGUAGAAUCCAAGAGAUUAUUCUGCUUUGGUACCGUUUGGCCCCUGCAAGGAUGGAUAUCAUUAAGCGGCGACUCUUAAUUAAAUCCGUAUCAUGCCUCUGCUUGCCUUGUC